UAAUCACCUCUCUCUCUCUCUCUCUACCUAUACAUACACAUAUACACAUAUAUCAGCUCCAUCCCCUUUCAAAUUUAACCUGUUCAGUUCAACCCUAUCUAGACCAAACUAAAUUAAACCCAUCAAUUAUUAUAUAUAAAUAUAUAUAUUUGGAUAUAAAUUCCAUGCAGAGAUGGUGAUAUAUAAUAUCAAUCAUGAUGAAGCUGCAGAUGUUUGGGGUUUUGUGCUAGCUAUCUAGUUACUGUUCUUCAUUCAUUUCCUCCUUCUUAAUUCUGCUUCACCCACCUCUCUUCAUUCAUUUCUGUCAACACUUAAAUCACUAUAUAUAUAUAUAUAUUAAAUACAAAAGUCAUUUUCUGGAUUUUCUUCAAUUUCAAUUCCCUGUUCGUUAGUUGGUGAUCGAUAUUAAGGCCGGGGAGCUUUCAGCUUUAAUUUGUGGUUAGCAGUUGGGAAUUCCAUCUCUUAAUGGGUUUCUAGUUUGCUUUCUUUCAGACCCUUUUUUGAUCUCCUUUCUUUCUGGGCUUAAAGAAAUUCUUAUUCUUUUGUUAUGGCAAUGAAUGAAAUGGUCAUUUUUGGAAGAAGAAGAAGAUCUUCUUCUUCUGUUUUUCUGGUGCCAUUUUUUCUUUGGUUCUUCUGGCAAAGGUCUCAGGCUGUUGAGACCCAAACCUUCAACUACACAAGAUACAGACAUGUCAGCAGCUUAAGGCUUGAUAGGAUUGAGAAGCAUCUUGACAAGAUCAACAAACCCCCAGUUCUCACCAUUCAGAGCCCAGAUGGAGAUAUCAUUGAUUGUGUUCAUAAAAGAAAACAGCCAGCUCUAGAUCAUCCUCUUCUCAAGAAUCACAAGAUCCAGAGAGAUCCGCCGGAAAUGCCGAGGAUGAAAACGGUGAAAGAGGAUGCGGUGAGAGAUGAGACGAUGAAGAAUAGUAGCGGCGGCGGCGGCGUGCCGCAGCUGUGGCACCGGAACGGGCUGCGCUGCCCCAAAGGCACGGUGCCGAUACGGCGGAGCACGGUGCACGAUGUGUUGAGGGCCAAGUCUCUUUACGACUUUGGGAAAAAACAACGGCGAUAUGUGCCGCUUGACCGCCGUGUUGAUGCGCCGGACGGUGUUAGCGCCAAUGGCCAUGAGCAUGCAAUCGCGUACACCGGAGCCUCGCAGGAUAUAUACGGAGCGAAGGCGACGAUUAACGUGUGGGACCCAUCCAUUGAGAUAGGCAACGAGUUCAGCCUCUCCCAGAUCUGGGUACUCUCGGGAUCUUUCGACGGCUCAGAUCUCAACAGCAUAGAAGCUGGCUGGCAGGUUAGUCCGGAGCUGUAUGGUGAUAACAGGCCUAGAUUGUUCACUUAUUGGACGAGUGAUGCAUAUCAAGCAACCGGAUGCUACAAUCUUUUGUGUUCUGGAUUUGUGCAAACAAAUAAUAGAAUUGCAAUCGGUGCUGCCAUUUCUCCCGUAUCUGCCAUUGAUGGAAGCCAAUAUGACAUCACCAUCCUCAUAUGGAAGGACCCAAAGAUUGGGAAUUGGUGGAUGGGCUUUGGUGACAACACUUUAGUGGGCUACUGGCCCGCGGAGCUAUUCACGCACUUGGCGGAUCGGGCCACCAUGGUGGAGUGGGGAGGAGAGGUGGUGAACUCUCGGGCCACGGGCGAACACACAUCCACCCAAAUGGGCUCGGGCUAUUACGCAGAAGAAGGGUUUAGAAAGGCGAGCUAUUUCCGAAACCUUGAAGUUGUAGAUUCCGAUAACAGUCUCAGCUCGGUUCAAGGCAUAUCCACACUUGCAGAGAACACUAAUUGUUAUGACAUCAAGAGCUCUUACAGUAGCGACUGGGGAACCCAUUUCUACUAUGGCGGGCCGGGAAGAAGCCCGAAUUGUGCUUAAUUUGUAUGUUUAGUACCGAAUAUAAAAUUUGUUUAUGAGAGAAAAGUCUCUACUAGCUAGUAUUCUAGCAAUUUUAUUUUUCUUAGAUUUUGCUGUUUCCAACCUUGUUUAUGCUCUUAUUCCAAAUUGCUUGUCUAUGUUAUGUAUGUAUGUAUUUGAUUAUAUUAUUAUUUUGU